AUGCUUCACAAAAUCGUUGUAAAUGCCUACAAUUUUUGGGUUGUGACCUUCGUGGCCAUUGGCACCAUUGCAAGUGCUUACGGUCUGGCUAUCAUUGGAUCGACCGUCGGACAGCCCAAUUUCUAUACCUACUUUAACUUGCCCACGCAAGGCGAGCCAGGGUAUACGCACACAACCAACAUUAUCGGCGCUCUAAAUGGCAUAAACUCGGCCGGAGCAAUCUUGGGAUGCCUGGGACAGGCCUGGACUGCAGAUUUCUUUGGUCGAAAGCGGACUAUGCAAUUUGGAUGCGUUAUCCUGAUAAUCGGUGGUGCGUUAUGUGCGGGUGCGGUGAACAUGGGCAUGUUUCUUGCAGGUCGCUUUAUCGCGGGCAUGGGAGCGGCCGUCUUGGCUUGCAUUAUCCCGAUUUACCAGGCUGAGGUUUCAACGGCUGAGACACGCGGUGCAAUGGUCUGCGUUACUGGAAUUAUGUACGCCGUCGGAUAUAGCUUGGCAGGCUGGUUUGGUUUCGCUUGCUAUUACAUGAAAGCGACCAGCCCGUACGCAGCUUUCGCCUGGCGGUUCCCGCUGGCCUUUCAAGUCACCUUUCCUCUAGCCGUCCUUGCGGGAAGUUCAUUUAUUCCCUUCUCUCCUCGCUGGUUAUUACAACAAGGACGGCGAAAUGAGGCUUUUGAGAUUGUCCAGCGCUUGCACAAAGCGCCGGAUGACCCCAACGACGUGAGAGCCAAACAAGAAUUCCUCUUGAUGGAGAAGCAAUGCGAGCACGAUCAGUCGAUAGUUAUCCGUCGAUUCGAGAUUUUUCGAACCCCCGCAAACCGCCGGAGAGCCCUUACUGCCUUUUUACUCAUGGCUGGCGACCAAUUCCUGGGCAUUUAUGUCAUUGCUAACUACGGUGUCAUUAUCUAUGGCUACCUUGGUUUAACCGGCGGAAUUCCACUCCUCCUCAACGCAUGCUGGACUACUUUUACCCUUAUUGGCAACACCUGGACCGCCUUUUACUUGGAUCGUGUGGGCCGUCGGACUUGUUUGCUUCUCGGGUCUAUUGGCUGCACUGUGUCCGCAAUUUUCCUUUGUGCUCUGUCAGCCGAAUACUUAGGCACGAGCGUCAAGCAAGGCCUGCAAGCAGCAGUUUUUUUUGCAUUCUUCUACAUCUUUUGGUGGUGCUUCUUUAUGGAUGCGACGCAAUAUGUCUACGUGACAGAAAUCUUUCCGAAUCAUCUGCGUUCCCAGGGGGUGGCAAUCGGCCUCAGCACCUUCUAUCUCACUUCUGAAGUCACACUGGUCGCUGCACCAGUGGCACUCAACACGAUCGGAUGGAAGUUUUACCUGGUUUUAAUUAUCCCUUCGGUUUUCUACAUUGCAGCGACAGCAUUGUUUUGCUGCAUGGAUGGUACGGUCGCCUUUCUCUGUAGUGAGACAGGUCUAGAAUGUGACGAGCUUCUAGAUCAAUUGUGGCGUGUGCCUCGCCUCAUACCGCCUGUCCUCAUAUGA